AUGUCAAUUUUUGAGUUAGAUUGGGAGUGUCCUUAUAGUGAAUUUUUGAAAAGAAUACAUAAUGAGGCGCUGUGUUUAAAUAUUCGUGAGGCUCGUCCCGAAAAACACUAUGAAGUUUGUGAUAAAGUUUACAAAGAAGCAGUUGAGAAUCAAAAGAAAGGUAGGUAUGAUGUUGCAUUUUACUAUUUUUUGCGAUGUAUAGAAAUUUUUGAAAGAACGGAAUUGCGAAAGAAAUUACCUGCUUCAAAAUCACUACUUAUGAAAUGUGUAGACGCUGCAAAUAAUCUCCGUACAAACGAGCUUUUGGACUUUUAUAAUAAGCAAAUACAACUUGUUAAGGAACAGCAAGAAGAAAGACAAAAAAUUAUAGAGUUGCAACAUCUUCACGAUGAGGAUGACAACGAAACUGAAGAACAACUGCAUCUGAAGCGUCAACAAAAUCUUUUGAUGAGUGAAAAAAAUGUGGUAGAUAUUACCAAGAAAAAGUUGAAUGAAACUCAUAUACCUAUACCUCAGCCUUUAUUGCAACAAAAUAACGUAGAACCUUAUUGGAAAGGACCGCAUAGUACUGUUGGACUGUUGCCUGGAAAUCAUAUUGAACCUCUUAGAAAGAUUAUAAAUCCAUCACCUAACGCGUAUGGUAUGUGGGUUUUUAAUACAGGUGGUUCUCGAAUGUCUUAUACAAGAAGAGGAAUGGUUAAUCUUGGAAACACCUGUUAUCUUAAUAGUGUUACUCAGAUGCUUUUUGCCACCCCUUUGGGUGCUUACUUCCUUGGUGAUGAAUAUACCAAGUUUAUAGUUGAAGAUGAAAAGGGUAGAGGGAGAUUAGUAAACUCUUUGAGUCAUGUUAUGCGUGAAUUAAACCGAGUUGAUACCGAUAUUCCUGUUAGCACUUCACAUUUUAAGCGUGCUAUUGGUGAGGUUUGUGAAACAUUUAUGAAUUUCUCACAACAAGAUGCUAACGAAUUUCUUCAUGUUUUACUUGAUGGCAUUCAUAAAAAUCUAAAUGAGAAAUCGCAUGUAAAAGGAAAUCUUCCAGAAAUUGAUACCACAAAAGGAAGCGAUUUAGAUAUAGCAAAGGCGUAUUGGUCUCAAUACACUAGCCAAAACAAGUCAGUAAUUGUGAAAAUGUGUAUUUUUCAAGAGAGAAACACCCUAGUUUGUCCUUUGUGUCAUCAUGUUAGCAGAUCAUUUUCUCCUUCAUUAGGAAUAGAGGUUCCUAUACCCUCUCUUUCAGGAGAAAUAAGUAUUGAAGAUUGCUUAACGGCAUAUUGUAAAGAAGAAGUUCUUGACUCGGAUUCCUUGUACAAUUGUCCAUCAUGUAAGAAAAAUGUUAAUGCAUCGAAACAACUUCUUAUUUACUCUUUACCGAAAAUAUUAUUUAUAACAAUUAAGAGAUUUCGCAAUUUUGGUGAUUUUUCAAACAAAAUAAUGGAUUCUGUGGCCUUUCAAAAACAACUUGAUGUUUCUCCUUUUUGUUGUUCUGAUGAGAAAAAUACUUUGUAUAAUUUGGUGGGUGUUGUAAAUCAUCAAGGAAAUAUUCAUGGAGGGCACUAUACUGCUGACUCUCUUGGAAGAGAUGGAUGUUGGUGUUCUUUCAGUGACGAACGGGUUACUGAGGCCCAAAAUCCGAAUUUCAAACUAGCUUACAUACUGUGUUUUGUACAAGCUAAUCGAUGA